AUGAGUUCGUUGAAUGGCAAUAACGAAAUAAUCAAUCCCACGUUGGCCAGAAUGUUCGACGAAAGAUUGAGGCGUAUCGUCGAAGAAAGUUACGAAGUCGCUUUUAUCUUGUGCAACAAAGAAAUGGAGGAGUUCAAUUCGUCAAAGCUGUUCGAUAUAUUCACGCAAGUUUUCACCACCGGUUACGUGUUAAACACGGGCUACUGGCCGUUUUUUUCGACGAUAAAUGGACAAUGUUUGUGCGUUUGCGGCAGAUUCGGCGUCCCCUGCAGGCACGUCAAGAACGGUAAUCAUUGGAUAGAUUUGCAGCCGAUCGAAACUGAAGCGAACGGAAUUGUUUUCUAUCCCAAACUCUAUGGACAACUGAAUAUACAGGACUAUGAAGUAGUAGUGAAGCCAUUAGAUGGCAGCGGGGGAUACCACAUAAACGUUGUGUUGAACAUACAUUACAAAAGGGCGGAAAAAAACCGGACGAAAAAGGAUAAAAAUUGUCGAACAGUGAAAGAUAUGGGUUAUAAAAUCUUCCCCAUUUCUAUAUUCUCGAGGUUCUUCAUGAUGACCCAAUUCUAUUCAUCAUCGUUCACCAUCGUCUUCCAGCCGAACCCGUUCUUCAACGAACACUACGGCACGCACUUCAAGAAGCUGAUCAACCUCCGGGCGCAGGAGUUCAACUUCUUCCACGGCGACCAACGCCAAAUCUGGUGCAUACCCUACAACCAGAUGCCCUCGACGACGUUCGUCCACCACCAAGUCAACGUCCCCAUCUACAAGUUCCCCUCGCAGCUGCUCGUCUUCAACCCGUGCAUGAUCAAACCCAAGAACCCGCCGAUGCGCAACAAGUGCAUCCAAACGCAAACCGACCGCUCCAACGCCUGGAACAACUACUACUCCAGAUCGCCCAUCCGGGACUCGCUCAUGAGCUUCGCCUCCAGCUCGUUCCAGUUCGCCCGGCCCGAGUGCGACGACUUCAUCGUCAUCGACGACUCCGAGGAGUUCGACAACCAGUGGCCGAGCGUCGGCUACAACAAGGUCAUCCAGCCCAACCCGCUGCUGUUGGACUGCGCCGACGAGCUGGCGGUGAAGUCGGAGCCCCAGGACCCGGGCGCCAAGCAGCCCUACGCCAAUUGGUCGCCCAAGACCGAGCCGGAUUCCACGGUCAGCGAUACGUUUUCGAACGGCGCCAGCGAUCAGAAUUACCCUAUACUGGUCUCCAACGCGAUAGAUGUAGAAGAGAAGAUCGAUUGCAAGGACGAGAAUUGGUUCGAGAAGAACUUCCCGCCGUUGAGGAACGUGCCCGUCAGGGCUAUGAACAAACGGGAGGUGGAUGAAGAAUUCGAGAUCAUACAAACUGUUAUUAAAGACGACGUGCUCAAGCAGGAGGGGAAUUUGGACUGGUGGCAUAAGAAUAUCAAGAACUAAAGCGAGACUCCGUCUAUUUAUUAGAUGAAUUGAUCAAUCAUUAAUGCUUAAAUAUUUCUUUUUUAAUUAGCCAUUUGUGUGCAUCUAAUAGGAAAACCGUUUACUCGGUGCAUGUCUUGUAGGAUAUUCCAGUAAUAUGAGAA